AUGGACACUGAAGCCGUAAAGAUUACAAAGCUACAAAAUGCUCAAAAUUGGGCUCAGUGGAAAUUUCAAGUCUCGGUUUUGCUCAAAGAUAAAGACUCUUGGUCAGUGACUCAAGGUGAUGUCGCAAAACCUGAAGUGCCUGAGCAGGAUGCUUCUGAACGCCAGCGAGGCGCGUUGUUAGAAUGGACUAGAAAGGAUAACGCCGCACAACGAAUAAUCGCAACUACUGUGGCGGAUUCGCAACUUGUACAUAUAAUGAAUUGCCGUAGUGCCAAGGACAUGUGGUCAGCGCUAUGCAAUCUGUAUGAGCAGAAAUCAGAGACGUCCAUACAUAUGCUGCAACAAAGAUGGUAUCAGGUUAAGAAAGACCCUAAGGACAAUAUGGCCUCUCAUAUAGCCAAGCUGAAGGACCUUGCUUUUCGUCUGCAGACUCUGGGUGAGCCUAUCGCAGACUCCAUGAUCAUGACUAAAAUUCUCAUGACCUUACCAGCGUCGUAUGGCCAUUUCAUCACUGCUUGGCAAUCAACUCCUGCAGGUGAGCGCACUUUAGAUAAUUUAAUAGAAAGACUUAUCGCUGAAGAAACUAGAAGUACAGUUCAAGAAAAGGAUGUCGAUGAGGCCUUUUCAGCCAUGAAACUGACGCAUAAGUCAAAGAAUAAAAAUGAGAAUGCCCACAAUAAGGAGGGCGUUUCUGGUAGAGUUGGUUCCAGUUACUGCCACAAAUGUAAAAGGUCUGGGCAUUGGACACGAGGACUGCUACUCAAAUAA